AGUCACUGAGCAGAGAAAACGAGAGAGACUGACGCCUUUCCCAAUUGGUACGCCAUGUGACUUUCUCCCACCAUGCAGUAUGCAGUGACCAGGAAAUCCUCCACAAGCUUUCAUCCAAGUCAGUUCCUAUCCAGCAGAGAGCAGACGACUACAGGGCCUUCAAGGUGUCUGCUCUAUCACAAAGAUUGUACAUCAUCCUGCAGACUACAUGCCCUAAAAACCGAAUCGCUGUGAUCUCCGAAUUCAACACAUGCACCCGGCAUAAGACGUCACAC